UAGAAGCACAUGGUCCAUAGGCCGAUAUGAUUAAAAAUUGUUAUUAAUAAUUAUAUUUUGGCUAUAUCUGUCCGUAUAGAUAUUAUUCUUCGAUGGCUUUAUUUUGAAAACAGUCUUUGCAAUCCUUGAAAUUCAUUACAAAAAGAAUUUUUCUCGAUUUUUCGAGCAACAAAGGUGGGGUUAGGUUGGGUGUGGUAAAGGAGAGGGAAACUGGCCCAUGUGAUAUCGUGAACCUCUGUGCUUCUUCUCAUUCCAUUCUCAGGACAACGUGCAAUCGCGCCGUUACGACUUUCAGCUUAUUCUUGAUCAACCGGCUUUUGUCCGCCGCUUCUCUCAUAUCAAAUAAAGAUGUAUAGAUUACCAAGCAUGUUGAGAAGCGUAGCAUUGCGCCAGAUGCAGGUGCAAGCACGCUCCUAUGCGAAGGAUGUUCGUUUUGGAGCUGAAGUAAGAGCACUCAUGCUUCAGGGUGUUGACAUCCUGGCUGAUGCUGUUGCAGUAACAAUGGGUCCAAAAGGACGCAAUGUUAUUUUAGAGCAAUCGUGGGGCAGUCCUAAAAUUACAAAGGAUGGAGUAACUGUUGCAAAAAGUGUCGAACUUAAAGAUAAGUUUCAAAAUAUUGGAGCUAAGUUGGUACAAGAUGUAGCGAACAAUACCAAUGAAGAAGCUGGUGAUGGAACGACCACAGCCACUGUUUUGGCUAGAGCCAUUGCUAAGGAAGGUUUUGAGAAGAUCAGCAAGGGCGCUAACCCUAUUGAAAUCAGGCGUGGGGUCAUGCUGGCGGUAGACAAGAUCAAAGAAGAGUUGAAGAAUUUGAGCAAACCUGUCACUACUCCAGAGGAAAUUGCUCAGGUUGCAACUAUCUCAGCAAAUGGAGACACUACAAUUGGCAAUCUCAUCUCUGAUGCCAUGAAGAGAGUGGGCAAGGAGGGUGUCAUCACUGUUAAGGAUGGAAAGACCCUUACCGACGAGUUAGAAGUAAUCGAAGGAUUGAAGUUCGAUCGAGGAUACAUUUCACCAUACUUCAUUAACUCGACUAAAGGAGCUAAGGUGGAAUUCCAAGAUGCUCUCCUUCUGUUCAGCGAGAAAAAGAUUUCUUCUGUACAAAGUAUUAUUCCUGCUCUGGAAUUGGCUAACUCUCAGCGCAAACCUCUCGUCAUUAUUGCUGAAGAUAUCGACGGCGAGGCUCUUUCCACUCUCGUUGUAAACCGUCUUAAGAUUGGCUUACAAGUAGCGGCUGUUAAGGCUCCUGGUUUUGGCGACAAUCGCAAAGCUACCCUUCAGGACAUGGCUAUCUCGACAGGCGGUAUUGUUUUCGGAGAUGAUGCUAAUCUUGUAAAACUGGAAGACGUACAGCUGAGUGACCUGGGCCAGGUUGGUGAAGUCGUUAUCACAAAGGACGAUACUCUCAUCCUGAAGGGCAAGGGAGCCAAGAGUGACAUUGACAGGCGCGCUGACCAAAUCAGAGAUCAAAUUGCAAAUACAACAUCCGAUUACGAAAAGGAAAAAUUGCAAGAGCGUUUGGCAAGGCUCGCUUCUGGUGUAGCAGUCCUCAGAGUAGGUGGCAGCAGUGAAGUUGAAGUGAACGAAAAGAAAGAUCGAGUCCACGACGCCCUCAACGCCACUCGAGCUGCCGUAGAGGAGGGCAUCGUUCCCGGAGGUGGCACUGCUCUUCUCCGUUGCGGACCAGCUCUCAAACAGCUGAAGCCCGGUAAUACAGACCAAGAAACUGGAAUUCAAAUUGUGGCUAAUGCUCUGCGCAUGCCAUGUCUACAAAUCGCACAGAACGCCGGUGUCGAUGCCAGCUUAGUCGUCGCGAAGGUCACUGAAGGCACCCUUGGUUAUGACGCCAUGAACAACGAGUACGUCGACAUGAUCGAGAAGGGUAUCAUCGAUCCCACUAAGGUAGUCCGCACUGCUCUGACCGAUGCUGCUGGAGUAGCCUCGUUACUUACGACUGCAGAAGCAGUUGUCACUGAACUACCUAAGGAAGAUGCGCCCAAUCCUAUGGCAGGCAUGGGCGGUAUGGGUGGUAUGGGAGGAAUGGGAGGAAUGGGAGGAAUGGGCAUGUAACGAGUUCCAACCAAAUUCUCAUGCAAAGACUGAAUCUUGUUCAACCUGUUCAUUGGAAUUGCAUUUGUGAAUUACAUGGCCUGUGCGAACAUUGAAUUAUCAUUUAAAACAUUCAAAGUUGAAUGUUUUGAACGGCUACAUUCGUAUUUCAAAACAGAAUACGAACGUUAUGAGAAUCGAGCGUGAAAUCUUAAAAUGGUUACCACGAGACGUUGUGGACCUUGUCCAUUUUUCUUCCGUAUAAUUUUAUUUCCUUGGAAGAUGCACGUUACUGAUACGAAAUCGCAUAUAGUAGUGAAGUACGUCAAUAAUUUUGUUCAAAUUUUAAUGUUUAAAUGUAACGUGUUAGAACUCACGUAUCGUUCGCCAACGUCGUUGAUGCAGCUAAUUCCGUAAUUGACGUUAUGUCUAUAUAACGUUAAUUGUUCACUGCAAGGAUCUAAUGUAAUUCUGACAAUGGGGAUGUGUGUAAUUUAUCCGCCACCUAAUUUCUUCGUCAGCUAUUUUCAAAAAUGUAUUCGCUACUUACCAUUGUUAUAGGAUAACGUGGUGUAAGUGAUUGCACAAAGCUUUAGUUAGCAAUAGAUGUUUGUAGACAUCUUGUAAGCCAUUUAAUUUAAAAACCACAAUGCAGUCGAAUUAAUUAUACAUUUAUUCGACAUUAUUCUCAGGUAACGUAAAGUCAAAAAUUACAUCGGUCAAAAAGUGCUUGAUCUUUCAUAUUGAAAUGAGAACCAAAUUAUACCCGUAAACUGCGAACUCGAUAAAAAAGAGAACAGUGGUAAAUAAAGUUAUGGUGAUCUAAUAAUAGUCUAACGUGAAUCUUAAUUUUUAUUUUAAAAAAAUAUCAGCUGAUAAGAAAAUAUAGAAAUGAACAUGGAGCGAAUAUAUAAAGCAUUUAUAGCCGUGCAUUUGCUAAAUCUCCCAACUGAUGAACGUAUGAAGAAGAAAUUUGAUAAGAAUAUAAGUGUAAAAAUGUUAUCGUGUGCUAAGUACUACGAUAAAAUAAUAACUCGAAUUCUGUUACAUUUUUUUUUAACAUUAAUGUUUAUUUUUCACCUUAGUCUAAAUAAAUGUUCGUUUAAAUUAUAGUCA